AUGAAGACGAGUCUCCGCAUCGAAUCUCUGUCUUCUCCGACAGCACUCCAGCGACCGCCAAUUGCCGACGACGAAACCGGCGACCAAGAUCGACUUCCGGCAGUUGUAACGGAGGAGAAUUUCCCCAAUAUUUUGAGCGAUGGCUUAGGCUCCCGGGUUUGCAUGGGUACGUAUCUUUGGAGGUAUACUUCGCGGAUGAUGCGUGGAAUGUUUAAAAAAAUAGUAGAAUUUAGACAAUUCAAGGAGGCUAAUCCUGAAUCCAAGAAAAUACACAAGUAUACCGUUUCUGGUUUUAUGCUGCCAUUUAAGAUCUGGAUUUUGGAGACGUUCCCCGAGGCAACAAAAUUUUAUGUACGCAUCCCGAUAGAAUUGCCAAAGAUGAGGUGUUGGAGAAGUAAAACAACGUUAUCUUGGGAGAACUGUUGUAGAAUAAUCAACGUGUAUGUGCCUAACAACCAACCUAUUCAAGUGGUGGCAAACGAGACGGAGCUGAUGUUGCCCUUUUAUGUUCGAUACGUGAAUUGGACUCUUAACCAUGAAGAGUCUCCUCCAUUGCAACAUAGUUCGAUCCGAAAUAGUCCACCUGCUGUUCAGUUGCCUCCUCGUAGAAGUAUGUACAAGUCGAAUACAUGUUCGACUGAAUCUGCCACAAAUGCUUCUUCCUCGCAACAGCCUGAAAUAGAAACGACGGUGGUAAAGAAGAAGAAGAGUAGAACAAAGGCAUUAGUGAAGUGUCUACUAGGCGUCGUGGCUGAAUUAUCAUCUAAAGUAGACCGUGUAUUAGAAGAAAAAGAUGAGCCAAAUAAACGGUUUGUAAAGGAUGAGGAGGAAGAUGAGGAAGAGGUGGAGAUGAUAAACGAAGAGGGUGAAGAAGCAUAUUGCCAUGAUACACAAUUCGACUAUGCUGGUUUGGAGGAGAAAGUUGCGCCUACACCUACGGAGCCGUCACCAGACUUGAGUGAACAUGACACAAAAAUAGUGACUCCUAUUGGUAGGCCGCAACGAAAAAGGGCUCCAGCAUGGUAUCAGCGCACUCUGUUCACAGUGGUGCAAUCGACAGCAAAAUUAAAGAAAAUCAGCAAGACAAGGAAGACAAAAAUUGAGGAGAGUCCUAAAAAAACAAAUGAGGACAUUGUCAAUGCAGAGAGUAGUGACGUUCCUUCAAACAAUCUCUUGUUGUACAAUAUUUUUACUACUAGUCCGAUGAGUUUUUGGCAAGAAUGGAGUUUAAUCUCUCCCAAACUGAUCACUAAACAUAGGUUGCAUAUCCUCCCACUAGAUAUGGAUUUUUGGGCGAGGUUACUUUCUCUUAGUGACAAAGGGUGGUUAGUUUCUACGCAUAUUAGUAUAUGGAGAUCCCUGUUGAUGGAAAGGCGGCCGACGAACGCUCGGUGGACUCUAUAUCCUGAAGGAAUCAAUUUGGAACCCGGAAAAUCAUAUUUAUUUAGGAAUGUAGCAGAUGGUUUUGGAGGUUGUCCUAAAUGGAAGGAUGUGGAUACGGUUAUAUUUGUAAUAAAUGUUGUGCAUGCCCAUAGGUUUUUGGCGGUUCUACAUUUAGAUACUUGGAAAGUAGAAAUUUUUGACUCAGCACAAGUUGCGAGUUACUUCUCAACGUACUUAACUAAUGGAGAAUUCAAAAGUUUUGGAGACAGUAUUAUCUCAGAGUUGGAUGUCAUUGAGUACUGGAAGCAUUUCCCCAUUGGACACAGAGACAAUGCAAAGGUCGAGUUUGUUGAUGUUGUAGACACCCCACAACAAGAAUAUAGUCUUGAAAGAGGGGAUUGUGGAGUAUUUGUAUGCAUGUUUAUGGAAAUGAUUAUUUAUGGGGUACUAGUGGAAAUUUCAAGGACAUCUAGAGAAGCUGCAUUUCUCUACAGAAAUAAGAUGGCAAAUGUUAUUUGGGAUACUAUAUAA